GGAGGUGGAAGGUCAGAGGUCGGGGUGUGGGUUUCGCCUGGGUGCUGGGAACUGCCAGGAGCUCUGAGUUCGCAGGCUCCCAGCAUUGAGGAGAGUGCACAGGACAAAGACGGGCUGCACUGCAUUCCUGAACUUCAAUGCACGGGCGAAUGAUGCCAUGGCUUGCCUUUUCCGAAGGUCCAUAGCAGCGCAGCUUUCCAGAGUUCUUGGAAUAACAACAGAGAAGCUUAUUCCAGUGGUGUCUGCAGUUCCUGUCUCCAAAAAACAACAGACUCUAGAUUUCCGGGUAUCGGUGAACUCUCUGCUGGCGAAUGGCUAUUUAAAAUUAGGAUCGACUGUUCAGAAUCAAGCAAAGGAACUGUCUGAGAAGUUAACUUGUGAUGAUGUGAUUACUGAGAUUGCUGUUGGACAAGGAAGCAUUAAUUUCAAAGUGAACCGAACCCUACUUGCUGAGAUUGUUAUGCAAGAAGUCUUUAAGAAGGGUUCAAAAUAUGGAAUAGUGAGUGAACUCUUCAGUGGUUACCCCUGUGGGCGAGUUAUAGUGGAGUUUAGUUCACCAAAUAUUGCGAAAAAAUUUCAUGCAGGGCAUUUGCGUUCCACAAUUAUAGGUAACUUCAUAGCUAACCUAAAGCAAGCUUUGGGAAACGAUGUGAUCAGGAUCAACUACCUCGGUGAUUGGGGCUUCCAGUUUGGGUUACUAGGAGCAGGAUUUCAGCUGUUUGGUUCAGAAGAAAAGCUCAAUGCAAAUCCCUUGCAGCACCUUUUUGAGGUUUACGUUGAAGUGAACAGAUUAGCAGAGGACUGUGAAGACAUUCAAAAAGCAGCACAAGAAUUUUUCAGAAGUCUGGAACAUGGGGAUAAACAGACCUUGGCUUUAUGGGAGCACUUUAGGGCUAUAAGCAUUGAAGAGUAUGAGAAAAUUUAUCAGCGGCUUGGUGUGCAUUUUGAUGAGUACUCUGGGGAAUCCUUGUACCAAGUUAAAGCACAAGAACUCCUACAGUGGAUUGAUCAGAGAGGACUGCUCAAGAAAACAAAGCAAGGAGUUGGAGUGGUCGAUCUUUCACCAACAGGUGAUCUCUCCAUUUAUGCCAAAAUAGUCCGAAGUGAUGGGACAUCCCUCUACUUGACCAGGGAUAUUGCAGCUGCAGCAGAUCGAAUGGAGAAAUACAACUUUGACAAAAUGAUUUAUGUGACAGAUAAAGAACAGCGCACACAUUUUCAGCAAAUGUUUGAAGUACUGAAAAUCCUGGGCUUUAACUGGACGGAACGGUGUCAGCAUGUACCCUUUGGGUUAGUGAAAGGAAUGAAGACUCGGAAAGGAGAUGUUGUUUUUCUGGAAGAUGUUCUGAAUGAAGCACGCUCCAGAAUGCUGCAAAACAUGGCUGCCUCUAAGACAACAAAAGAACUAGAAGACCCUGAGAGUACAGCGGAGAAAGUGGGUGUUGCUGCACUUAUUGUUCAGGAUUUCAAAGGUCCCCUUAUGUCUGAUUAUGAAUUCGACUGGGAUCGUGUACUCCAAAGCCAGGGAGAUACUGGAGUGUACCUGCAAUACACUCAUGCCAGGCUACAUAGCUUACAGAGGCAGUGUGAAAAUGGAGAAAUGAUGCAGUUCAACCCAACAUAUUUACAAGAUCCUCAGGCAAUUGCUUUACUACAGCAUCUCCUCAGGUACGAUGAAGUUCUUUAUCAAGUUUCAGAAGAUCUCCAACCCAGACAUCUUGUUAACUACCUGAUAAUGUUGAGUCGUCUUGCUUCUAUAGCUCACAGGACUCUGCAUAUUAAGGGCAGUUUACCAGAAGUAGCAAAGGCACGGCUUCUACUCUUCAAGGGAAUCUCUUCUGUGCUUGCCAAUGGAAUGAAGCUCCUUGGUAUAACUCCAGUGGAGAAGAUGUGAUUAAACUUGUAUUUGGGACAAUGUCAUUAGAUGACUUGGCAAAACUUGGGACCACACUGUGGCAAGGCUGCAUUCAAUAAAACAAAUCCUAUUUGCUCAAGAGGCUUGGCAUCAUUGAAAGAGCUGACAUGAUAAACUUCUUACUUACUUAACUGCAAACCAAACAGCAACACGGAUGCUGCUGUGGAAAUUACAAUUGCUGCUGCUGCUGAAAAUCCCUUCAUGAUGUUAUCGGUGUAUUUCACAACAACAGAAGUAUACAACCCUCCAAGACUUGCUAAUACUGUGGAGAUGAAAGAAAAGCUGUGUCAAUUGAAAGUGAUACAACAUUAUACAGUUAACUGGAAGAAUCAAUGUACUUGUAGCCUACUUUAAAAAUAUUAAGCCAAGAUCGUGGGCAACGGUGACACUUACAGCCCACAUCUGAAUACCCUGUGAAGAUGGUUGGAAGGUUCUUCUACAACCACUUAUAGCCCUUGCAUUGAUGCACUUUCCUGAUAACAUUAGCCAGGUCAUGGCAGGAUUUUUAACCUAACCACAAUGAAGCAAGUGUUAAAUGUCUAAGACAAGGGUGGUUAUGACUUGAAGAACUAGGGAGAUGAUGGUCUGCCCUAUCAUCUUGCUGACCUCAUCUUCACUUAUGGUCAAGAUCAUGAAAAUAGAUGAAGUUAACCUAGGUUAGUACAUUAUUCUAUAAAUAAUGAAUACUAUACUGGUGGUGGAGGGAUUAAAUACUGAAUUCUGGGUACAAAUCAGGGAGAUGGCCAAUCCACAGAUUAGAUUCAUACUCAUUCCAUUGGUGUAUGCUGUAAACCCAAGUAAGCCAUUAAAUUGACCGGGUUAUAGAUCAAUAUGGUUCUAUUGGAUUGAAUCAUCCUCUGUCUGGCCCACUGCCAUACCUGAUGCAUCCACCCACACUAGCCUGAGCCAAAUAUGGUCCACUGGCUAAGUUGACCCAGAAGGGUAAACUUCUGAACCCCAGCUUGUUUCCAACUUUUGAGUUUUAACAUGCAGAUGUGGGAAUCCGAAACGAGCAGAAGAGAGGGUGGAGGACUGCCAGAUAUCUGUGAAACAACUGGCUAAAAGCAAGUACAAUCGAGCUCAAAGAAAAAAUAAUCUGCCCCUGAUUAAUACUAUGCACUAGUUACAUAUACCUUCUGGGUAUGUAGGAUUGCUACAGCAUCGAUGAGGAAGACAGUAAUUGCCAUAGAUUUGAUUUAAAAAUCAGAUUUACAACCUCUUCUGGGUAACCAGAGACUACAGGUCAUAUUGCAAUGUGUUCAGUUCCAGGAGUUCCCACAGACAUUUUUCAAUCCUGGUGAAAAGUCAAUUGUUGGGAAGGAUACCUGACCUCCAGAUUACUCAAAUGAUGCUGACUCCAUAAGUUUAGCAUGACUGGAGUAAAACUGUUAGCACACAGUGUUCCUGAAUCCAAUUUUCAAUGUUACUGUUGGAAGAUCUUAAGAUUAUCUAAAUUUUCCAUGCAUCUAGUCUUUCACAAAUUUAGUUCACUUUUCAAAAUGGAGAUUGGUACAUCAAUGGAGAAAAUAAUGGAAUUACUGCUUUUGUUUCAACUCUAAUUCUACAUAAUGUGUGUCAACAGUCAUGUGGAAAAGUUGGUCAUCGGUUGUAGUUGUACAGAGGGAAGUUGAUGUGGAAUUAAAGGGGACAGCAAAAAAGCUUCAGACAAAAUUUACCCUUCGAAAAGGAUACAAAAUUCUCGUUUUUUUUUUAAAGCCAAUCAAGUUUUUUUCACAAAUUCCCCAUUUUCUUAUUGGGGCAAAUUAAGACUGCUUAGAGGUUCCUAAUUUUGUCAUUUACUUUAUUAUAAAUGCAGUAGACUUCCUUGUGUACAUAUAUGAAAAUCAUUAUGA